AUGUCAGCGAGCAACCAAACCAUUGACAGUGGGACCAGCAGAGACAUUGGGACCAGCAGAGACCAAGGAACUGAGCGCUGGCAGCACCUGCUCCAUCACACCCAGACCAGAGUGUGUACCCUGCAGCACACUCUCCUGUCAGUGCAGCAGUUGGAGGAGUCCGUUCAGAAGCUGAGGCUGUGGCUGCGUCUCACUGAGGACCAGCUGCACCUCCCUGUGCUCUACAGCCACGUGCACCAGGAGGAAAUCCUGACCAGACUGAGGGAGAACCAGGUCCUCCAGAGGACCAUAGAGGGACACUCAGACCUGGUGUCCUCGGUCCUCUCUCUGUGUGAGGGGUUGCUGCACGAUGCAGACGCCUGCUGCAGCGACUCAGAGAGCGACUUGUUCACACAAACCAUGAAGAUCCUGGACCAGCGAUGGAGGAACAUCUGCGCCAUGUCUGUGGAGCGGCGUCUGAGGAUCGAGGAGACCUGGUCCCUCUGGUCUAAGUUCCUGGAGGACUUUUCUGGUUUGGACCAGUGGCUCACGGCGUCUGAACUCACAGCCAAGAACCCUGAGUCAGAGAACGUGCUCUACACCAGCGCCAAGCAGGAGCUGAGGAGGUUCCAGGUCCUCCAGAGACAGGUCCAUGAGCGCCUCACACACCUGGAGCUGCUGAACAAACUGUACCAGCGUCUGUCUGUGGACCAGCGCACGGACGCGGCCCACAGCUUGAGGACCAUGGUGGAGGAGAUGAACCAGCGCUGGGACCAGCUGCAGACCAGGGUGCACGCGGUGAUCCGGAGACUCAAGCACUUCACGUCUCAGAGGGAGGAGCUGGAGGAGGCGCGGGAGGCCAUCCUGGUCUGGCUCACACACAUGGACCUCACUCUGACCGACGUGGAGCACUUCUCUGAGGGCGACUGGGGAGAGAAGAGGAGGCAGCUGCAGGUGUUCCAGCAGCAGAUCGUGACCCACACAGAGCAGAUCGAUGCCCUGAUUGUGUUUGGAGAAGUCCUGAUCCAGAAGAGCUGUCCUCAGGAUGCGGCUCUAAUGGAGGAGGAGCUCCAGGAGCUGCAUUCGUACUGUCAGGAGGUGUUCAGGAGAGUGGCCCGCUUCCACCUCAGGCUGUCCACCCAACAACCCCCUACCCUGACCCAGCCCCCCACCAGGACCCAGCCACCGCUGUUCCACACCCGGCUCUCGGACUCAGACCUGGACUCGGCUUCAGACCUGGGCCACAGUCUGUCUUGGAGCGAGACUAAGAGAAGGAGGAGAAGGAGGAGCAGAAGGAGGAGCAGGAAGGUGGAAGGGCCUGCACUCUUAGCCCCGCCCCCUGAGCGUGGGGGGCGUGACACUCCAGUAAGUGUGGAGUCCAUCCCUCUGGAGUGGGACCACACUGUGGAUGUGGGCGGAUCCUCUUCACAGGAGGAGGAGGAGCAGGAGGAGGAGCAGGAGCAGGAGGAGAGCAUCUUUAGCACUUUCUCAGUUAAGUCCCUAAAGGAGCCACAGAAGCAGCAGAGUCUGGAGCCUCCUGACAGCGCCCCCUGUGGUGAGAGAUAUCUCUCCUCUGAAAGCAGCAGCAGCAAAAUCAAUCCGAUUCGACUAAUUCUGAACGACAACGACGAGCCGCAAGUCGACAGGAGCACAGGUCGCUCUGACGUCCCGCAGCAGCUAACCUCUGACCUCUGUGAUGUCACUUCCUGGUUGGGUCGUGUUCAGUUGGAGCUGGGUCACCUGCAGAGUGUGGGCGUGGCCAGUGUCCAGGAGCUGGAGCUGCAGGUGCAACGACUGCAGCACCCCCUAAUCCCCCUCCGCUACCCCCGCCCACCCCCCACGGCCCCUCCCCCCCCCACCCCCACCUCCGCCGACCCCCCCAUCCGACGUUUGCCAGGCCAAUGGGAUGGAGUCUGGGAUCUCUCAUCUGUGGGAAACGACGACACAGACAGUGAUGGGUCCGAGUCAGAGGCCCCACACUUUACCCUCCAGGAGCUGAGGGACGUCCUGUAUGAGAAGAACCAGCUCAAGGCCCAGGUGUUGGUGCUGCAGGAGGAGCUGGCCUACUACAAACAGGAGAGUGACGAGGACUACAGUGAGAGUGUGUGUGGUCCAUACGAGGAUAACACAGACUCUGCUGCUGCUGCUGAGGAGGAGCCCGAGUCCGGCAUACGCAAACUGAUCUUCACGGCCAUCAUGCCCAUGGUGGCAGCUGGUCUGAUCUCUGAUGACCCCGCCCUGAUGCCCAUAAGAAGACUGGUUUCCAUCAGCUAA